AUCAUGAGAGAUGAAAUUGCAACAACUGUUUUCUUUGUCACAAGAUUGGUGAAAAAACAUGAUAAACUUAGUAAACAGCAAAUAGAAGACUUUGCAGAAAAGCUGAUGACAAUCUUGUUUGAAACGUACAGAAGCCACUGGCACUCUGACUGCCCUUCUAAAGGGCAAGCCUUCAGGUGUAUCAGGAUAAACAAUAAUCAGAAUAAAGAUCCCAUUCUAGAAAGGGCUUGUGCUGAAAGUAAUGUGGAUUUUUCUCACCUGGGACUUCCAAAGGAGAUGACCAUAUGGGUGGAUCCCUUUGAAGUGUGCUGUAGGUAUGGUGAGAAAAAUCAACCAUUUACAAUAGCUUCUUUUAAAGGCAGAUGUGAGGAAAGGGAACUCUCCCAGCAGAUCGGCUGUGCCGUCAGCAGAGCUGCCUCGGGCAGCUCCACCGGUGCUCCCUCGGAUGAGGAAAGCUGUGACAAAGAGCCUCGGAUGAUUCCCAAAGUCAGCAACCCAAAGAGUGUUUACCAGGUUGAAAACUUGCAACAGCCCUUUCAAUCUUGGUUCCAAAUUCCCCGCAAAAUGAAUAUGACAGCCGUUGGCCAUAUGAGCCUCCUAGGAAAUGCUUAUCAUGCAUUGCAUAAGAACCCUAAAGGUCACAGGACUGCUACCAUACGCAGGGGGGACAGGUACCACUGGGUGAGCACAAAGCGCUAGUGUGGGGAGGGGCACUCAGUGGGGCAGAGCUCAGAGGAGCAGCUCUAUUUUCUCUAACACGAAAAUAAGUCUAAGGUUCAGAGGCCCAUGAAACAGAAAAAAUAACCACAUAAGGGGCUAGGGUGCAUAAUGGUGAAUCCUCUCACACAGAUCAUGACUAUGUUCUUACCUGAACUUUUAAUUCUUAAUUUUAUGUGAAGUUUUAUGUAACACUAAUGAA